AUGAAUAAAAAGAAUUUGCUUCUUUUGUAUAUUUUUAUUUUAUUUUUCUUCGUUUCUUUCCUCUUUUUAAUACAUUUUCUUCCUUUAUUUCACACUGUUUACUUUCUUUCUUUCUUUCUUUCUUUCUUUCUUUCUUUCUUUCUUUCUUUCUUUCUUUCAAUGCCUUUAUUUCUUUUUUUUCUUUCCGCUCAGUUAAUCUGUGUCUUUCUUUUUUCCUUUCGGUUCACUUCAGUUCUUUCAUUUUCUCUUUCUUUUAAUUACGUUCAUUUUGGUUCUUUCUUUCUUUCUUUCUUUCUUUCUUUCUUUCUUUCUUUCUUUCUUUCUUUCUUUACUAUCGUCAUUAUCUAUCUAUCUAUCUAUCUAUCUAUCUAUCUAUCUAUCUAUCUGCUUAUCUAUCUAUCUAUCUAUCUAUCUAUCUAUUGGUCUUUCUUUCUUUCUUUCUUAUCUUGCCUCUCUUUCUUUCUUAUGCCGCCUCUCUUUCUUUCUUUCUUUCUUUCUUUCUUUCUUUCUUUCUUUCUUAAUAUCUCGCCUCUAUUUAAUUUUUCCUUUGCUUCUUUUUUUAUCUCACCUCUGUUUCUUUCUUUCUUUCUUUCUUUCUUAAUUUCUCGCCUCUAUUUCAUUCUUCCUUUCCUUCUUUCUUUCUUAUCUAGUUUCUCUUUCUUUCUCUUUCGUUCUUUCUUUAUUAAUAUCUCGCUUCUUUUUCAUUCUUCCUUUCCUUCUUUCUUUCUUAACGCGCCUCUCUUUCUUUCUUUCUUUCUUUCUUUCUUUCUUUCUUUAAGAAUGAGUUUCGCAAGAUUACUAUUUUCCCCCUUUUCUUUCUUUCCGAAUAUCUUACCACUUCUUUCAUUCUUUUUAAGCGUAACAAUUCCCUUUUCUUUUCUUUUCUUUUCUUUCUUUCGAUUUAAACGCUUGCUUUUUCUCUUUUUCGUUCUUUUUCUUUAUGCUUAUUCGCUUUCCUCCUUCCUUCUAUCUUUUUUAUUCCUUUUUUCUACUUGCUAUCGUUUGUAA